GAGCAGGAGGAAUAUCCCCCAAAAUAUUAAUUCCGCCCCCCCCUCACGUCGUCGCGCUCCAUUUGCGCGUCCGCGACCAGGCGAACCCCCGGGGCGCGAUCGCUCCAUCCACCGCCGCCGGCGACCUCACCACCCCACCCCACCGGAAGCCGCCGGCGGUACCCGCCCCCGCCCGCCGGCCCGCGCGAUCCAUCCGGUGAUUUGCUAUUGUGAGCUAUCUGAGAUUCCAAAUCCAAAAUGAGCACAGCUAAUCGUUAUCAACCCAUCAAGUCGACCAAGCCUGUUAUAGCAGGCAAAACAAGAAAAUUGAAGGAUCUAAUGUUAAAAAGUGACAACCGGAUAUGUGCUGAUUGUAGUGCACCUGAUCCCAAAUGGGCGUCUGCUAAUAUCGGAGUAUUUCUUUGCUUAAAGUGUGGAGAUGUUCAUAGAGCACUUGGACCAGAUGUUUCAAAGGUUUUGUCAGUAACUUUGGAUGAUUGGUCUGAUAGUGAUAUAGAUUCCAUGGUUGAGGUUGGUGGUAACUCAUAUGCAAAUUCCAUUUAUGAGGCUUUUCUUCCAAAAGAUCACCCAAAACCCAAGCCAGAUUCAACUAUGGAAUAUAGAACUAAAUUUAUAAGAGCCAAGUAUGAGACACAAGACUUUUUGAAGCCAAGUUUGCGCAUUACCUCAAAGGGUUCUUUUGAACCGACCAAUUCUGUGAAGAGUGUAAACAGCGGUUUCUCUAGCACUUCAACGAAGCACGUCACUGAAGAUACAAGAGAAUUUGUUGGGGAGCUGAACAUUACAGUGGUAAGAGGUAUUGAGUUGGCCGUCAGAGACAUGCUAACGAGUGAUCCAUAUGUUAUUCUAACACUUGGGGAGCAGACUGCUCAAACCACGGUUAAAAAGAGUGACCUGAAUCCAGUAUGGAAUGAAGUGCUUAAGCUAUCAGUUCCUCGAAAUUAUGGACCUCUAAAACUUCAAGUAUACGACCAUGAUAUGUUCUCUGCUGAUGAUAUCAUGGGGGAAGCGGAGAUAGAUCUUCAACCAAUGAUCACGGCUGCCAUGGCCUUUGGAGAUCCCUCACGCAUCGGUGACAUGCAAAUUGGAAGGUGGUUCAUGACCAGAGACAAUUGUCUGCUGAAAGAUAGCACUGUCAAUGUUGUGUCGGGCAAGGUAAAACAGGAAGUGAACCUAAAGCUGCAGAAUGUAGAAUCAGGUGAAAUGGAGUUAGAAUUGGAAUGGGUUCCAAUACUCUAGAUUAAUAGAUCUCAACUGGUUCUCUGCCUAAAAUUUUCUCAAAGACGCGUCACAUUUGUAAUUUAUGAUGAAUGGCUUCAAAUCCCGUGUACGUACUGAAGCUUUGUCUUCAACAUUUUGGCCACCUGAACGAAAUUUGUAAAAAGUGCCAUUGUAAAAUAUCAUGGUGUAAUCUGUCGGGUGCACCUCACGACCAAUUUUAUUUAUUCUUUAGAGAUUUGCUUUGAACCUGUUGU